AUGGAUUCUCCAACAAACUUACUAUUUGGGAUUCCAAGACGCCUGGUUGCAAACAUAGCAAACAUCAACCCGUUGUCGCGGAUCAACACAAUCACGGCGCAAGAUGUUCCUGUUUCGACGCCAAUCGGUGCCCUUUCACCGGAAUCGCCUUUCAUUAUCUUUCAAGCAUAUGUCCCGCCGCCAAUUCUCUACUCCCACCUCUUCCACUCCAAAGGCUCGACAUCUCGCCUCCGCAAGCUGAAUGAUCGGCUCCCGUCCUUCCUUCGCGCCUAUACGACCCCGUUACUUGGGGCCCCGGGAACGCAUAUUACCUCCUUUUUGAUCCUACAUGAACUUACCGCCAUUGUACCCCUAUUCGGACUUGUGACGGCUUUUCACUACGGCAAUUGGCUACCAGACUUAACCUCAAGUAACGCCUUUGAAGAAGGAACCCGACGAUUCGGGCGGUGGUUGCAGAAGAAAGGCUGGGUCGAAAAUGUUGAUGUGGACGCCAUGGAGUUGGCCGGAGGUGUAAACAGCUAUGACCCUGUCACAACAGAUCAAAUGACGGAGAGCGACAGGAAAGGUGUACGCCUGGUGCUAGAGUUUGCGACGGCGUAUGCGGUCACCAAGGCUUUACUACCGCUCCGGAUUGCCGCAAGUGUCUGGGCGACGCCUUGGUUUGCCCGAGCCAUACUGGUACCGACAGGAAAAGGGUUCAAAAAGCUGUUGGGGAGAAAGUAG